CCCCGCCCCGAGGGCGGCUCCCGCCCGAGCCCUCCCCGCCCCCGCCCUGCGACCGCAGCGCCCCUGCCCCGCCGCCCGGAACCAGCUGAGCACAGCUGGACCCAGCAGCCGCCGUCGCCAGCGCCGCAGCAGCAGGUAGUGCUGAUAACCCCUUGUACUUCAGCCUUGGUCCUGACACCUCUUGACAAAGCAUCCCUUUUCACGUGACAGCCCUGUGAGAUACAGCUCUAGGAAAAGGGGAGUAAUUCAGGUCUAGAAUGGAAAAACUGUUUUGUUGCUUUCCCAGCAGCAUGGUGGUGGAACACCCCGAGUUCCUCAAGGCAGGGAAGGAGCCCGGACUGCAGAUCUGGCGUGUGGAGAAGUUCGACCUGGUUCCUGUGCCCCCCAACCUUUACGGAGACUUCUUCACAGGCGAUGCCUAUGUCAUCCUGAAGACGGUGCAGCUGAGGAACGGGAACCUGCAGUAUGACCUCCACUACUGGCUGGGCAAUGAAUGCAGCCAGGAUGAGAGCGGGGCAGCUGCCAUCUUCACCGUGCAGCUGGAUGACUACCUGAACGGUCGGGCCGUGCAGCACCGCGAGGUCCAGGGCUUCGAGUCGGCCACCUUCCUUGGCUACUUCAAGUCUGGUCUCAAGUACAAGAAAGGAGGCGUGGCAUCAGGAUUCAAGCACGUGGUACCCAACGAAGUGGUGGUGCAGAGACUCUUCCAGGUCAAAGGGCGGCGUGUGGUCCGUGCCACCGAGGUGCCUGUGUCCUGGGAGAGCUUCAACCAUGGCGACUGCUUCAUCCUGGACCUGGGCAACGACAUCUACCAGUGGUGUGGCUCCAACAGCAAUCGGUAUGAGAGGCUGAAGGCCACCCAGGUGUCCAAGGGCAUCCGGGACAAUGAGCGGAGUGGCCGGGCCCGUGUGCACGUGUCUGAGGAGGAUGCCGAGCCUGCCGGGAUGCUCCAGGUGCUGGGCCCCAAGCCAACUCUGCCCGCAGGUACAGAGGACACAGCGAAGGAGGACGCGGCCAACCGCAAGCUGGCCAAGCUCUACAAGGUCUCCAAUGGCGCAGGCACCAUGACAGUCUCCCUCGUGGCCGAUGAGAACCCCUUCGCCCAGGGGGCCUUGAAGUCAGAGGACUGCUUCAUCCUGGACCACGGCAAAGAUGGGAAGAUCUUUGUCUGGAAAGGCAAGCAGGCCAACACGGAGGAGAGGAAGGCUGCCCUCAAAACGGCCUCCGACUUCAUCUCCAAGAUGGACUAUCCCAAGCAGACCCAGGUCUCCGUCCUUCCGGAGGGCGGCGAGACCCCACUGUUCAAACAGUUCUUCAAGAACUGGCGGGACCCAGACCAGGUGGACGGCCCGGGCCUGAGCUAUCUCUCCAGCCACAUCGCCAACGUGGAGCGUGUGCCCUUCGACGCUGCCACUCUGCAUACCUCCACGGCCAUGGCUGCCCAGCAUGGCAUGGAUGACGAUGGCACAGGCCAGAAACAGAUCUGGAGAAUCGAAGGCUCCAACAAAGUGCCUGUGGACCCUGCCACGUACGGACAGUUCUACGGUGGUGACAGCUACAUUAUCCUGUACAACUACCGUCAUGGUGGCCGUCAGGGACAGAUCAUCUACAACUGGCAGGGCGCCCAGUCCACCCAGGAUGAGGUCGCCGCGUCUGCCAUCCUGACUGCCCAGCUGGAUGAGGAGCUGGGAGGUACCCCGGUCCAGAGCCGUGUGGUCCAAGGCAAGGAACCCGCUCACCUCAUGAGCCUGUUUGGUGGGAAACCCAUGAUCAUCUACAGGGGUGGCACCUCCCGCGAGGGUGGACAGACAGCCCCUGCCAGUACCCGCCUCUUCCAGGUCCGGGCCAGCAGCUCUGGAGCCACCCGAGCCGUUGAGGUGAUCCCCAAGGCCGGCGCACUAAACUCCAACGAUGCCUUUGUCCUGAAAACCCCCUCGGCUGCCUACCUGUGGGUGGGGACAGGAGCCAGCGAGGCCGAGAAGACCGGGGCCCAGGAGCUGCUCCGCGUGCUUCGGGCCCAACCUGUGCAGGUGGCAGAAGGCAGCGAGCCAGACAGCUUCUGGGAGGCCCUGGGCGGGAAGGCUGCCUACCGCACGUCCCCACGGCUGAAGGACAAGAAGAUGGACGCCCACCCUCCCCGCCUCUUCGCCUGCUCCAACAAGAUUGGACGUUUUGUGAUCGAAGAGGUUCCUGGCGAGCUCAUGCAGGAGGACCUGGCCACUGAUGAUGUCAUGCUCCUGGACACCUGGGACCAGGUCUUUGUCUGGGUUGGAAAGGAUUCCCAAGAGGAGGAAAAGACGGAAGCCUUGACCUCUGCUAAGCGGUACAUCGAGACAGACCCAGCUAAUCGCGACAGGAGAACCCCCAUCACUUUGGUGAAGCAAGGCUUUGAGCCUCCUUCCUUUGUGGGCUGGUUCCUCGGCUGGGAUGACAACUACUGGUCGGUGGAUCCCUUGGACAGGGCCAUCGCUGAGCUGGCUGCCUGAAGAAGGGCAGGCCCCACCCAUUACCGGUCAGUGCCUUUCAGAACUGUCCAUCCCUCAAGGAGACCUUACAGCGUGCAGGGCCACUCUGGUGUUGUGCGUGUGUGGUUUUGUUGUUGGUUUUUUGUUGUUGUUGUUGUUGUUGUUGUUUUUAUAGUAGCCAAAUACAGCCCUGAGAAAAUACAGGGUCCUUGCAAAAUUGUCUCCAGUAUCUGUGCUUUGGGAAAUUGAAUUCAAUAAAAGCUUUUUGAAGUGA